CCAUACCAUUCCAUCUCGACUGACCUUUCGUCCCAAACAUGAAUUCGAGCAACGAUACCAACGUGACCGGUCACCAUGACCAGUGUGGCCCACACGUGGAGGGAUUAUUAGCUUACGCCUGUUUUAUCUUCUCAAUCCACGGAUACGCCAGCCUCAUCAUCUGUUGUUUCGGAGUACCUACAAAUGUCGUCAACAUUUUGAUUUUAACCAAGAAAAAUCUUCGCUCACCCUAUCAACUGUAUACUAGCUGGGAUAGCUAUAGCCGAUGUUCUGACAAUGCUUUGCUACAUGCCCUACUGUAUUCAUUUCUACAUCAUUCACGGUCUUGAGAGGACAAAAGACAAGUAUACCUACGGGUGGGUAUGGUAUAUGGCCAUCCACUCAGGCCUCAGUAUCACAACCCACACCAUCUCCAUCUGGCUCGGCGUCUGUAUGGCCAUUGUCAGAUAUAUCUACAUCAAGUCUAUGGGCAACAAUAAGUCCAUCAUGAAGGUACAGAACUCUGUGAUUCUUGUCAUAGUCGUAUAUGUAUGUACAGUUCUCUGUUACCUUCCAGUUUAUAUCAUAUACAAGGUGGAAAACAACAACGGCACGAUUAAGUUAACUGGCCUCACUAAUCUCGGUGCUAGCGACAUGACCUGGCUACAAAAGACAGCAUCUGGAGUGUUUAUUUUAAUAGGAAAGGUGUUUCCUUGUGUUUUGAUAUGUAUAUUCGGAGGUCUUCUGUUACGAAGUUUACACGAGAGUAAAAAAAGGACGCUGACGCUGAAAGGCGCACAAUGUGCGAACCGUCUUAAACAACACAAGCGUACGACAAUCAUGUUAUUGGCGAUCAUCGUUAUGUACAUCGUCACACAAAUGCCGUCCUCCAUCUUGGUUGUGUUGUGUCUCUGUGUGGAGAAUUUUAUGGAGAACACGUAUAUGCUAUUUGCAGAAACGUUGGAUCUGAUGUCGUUGAUCAACAGUUCCGCUAACUUCUGUAUGUACUGUGCCAUGAGCCGACAAUUCCGUGACUGUCUGUUUGAGAUGGCGUGCGAUAACAUCCAGAGUAAAUCAUCGAAGAUGUACCACGCGGUCCGUUCCCAGUCUCAGACCACCGCCAUGACUCCACACAUGAACCAUAAUGUUAAACUUUGACCGAAGUGUCCCUGUUUCCACCAUCGUACUGCAACGUAACGUCAAACAUUGACCCGAGGCAUCAUCUUGGUUGAAGGACCAUCAAAAUGCGGUAACGCAACGUCAAACUUUCAACGAGGUGUUCCUGUGUUCAACAUCAUACUGCCAUAAAAUGUCAACCGUUGACUGUGAUGUUUUUCUUGGUGCGAGUUUCAACAUAAGUCCUGAAGGUAAAAACGACAUUCAAAGCCAAUCACAACACUCCAUGCUAUUCCGUCAACACCGCGAUAGAACGUCAAGGUUUGGCCUUGGUUUUCAAGUGCCAUUUACAAUCCUGUGGCGUAACGUCAAUCUUCGACGGAGGUGUCCCUCUUGGUGGGAGUUUCAACAUAAUACCACGAUAGAACGUCACAGUUUGGCCUUUGUGUUUAAGUGCCAUUUAGAAUCCUAUGGUACAACGUCGACUUUGACUGGGUUGCUGUCCCUUUGGUGGGAGUGUCUACCAUGUUACCGCGAGGAAACUUUUGCCCACUUUGUAGUGCAUUUAUUGUGAUGCCUCGUUCUUCUGUAAAUACAUGUAUUUUGUUAAAUAUUUUACAUUUCACUUGAAUGAAAUUAUCAGAAAGUCUCAUUCCCAACAUACAACAUACAUUGAUUGUCAUUAAAUUCAUUGUUGAUAUAAACAAAAACAGUAACAAAACAAAACACAAAUAGAUUCAACAUUUAACUCGGAAUUCGACAUAAGGCUUAGAGUUGAGGAGGAAACCAAGAAACAGCCUAAACUUGGGACGACAAGGCGACAGAAUAUCUGGAUAGGAGAUAUAACAUAGACCAUGUUCCGAUCAGUACUAAAUUUUCAAGUUGACAUGUUUUCUCUCUCUCUCUCAAUCAGCUGUAGACGCUCGUUAAAAUGAUAUAAAUCUUGUCUGAACCUAACAUUCAAGGUCAUUGUACUAGGUACAUAUGAUAUAUUUAAGAUUUCUAAUAUUGAAAAGAGGAGUGUGGGUAUAUGUUGCUUAAUAACGUAAACACUGUGUAUUGAGGUGUAUUCAAUCAAGCGGGCGGGUAUUUAAUGUGAAUUGAGGACAGCUGAAUGUGGUAAGUUGUUACAUAAGACGAAGCAAUCACGAAAAAUAUAAUUUAUCAUUGUAUCUGUGAGACAUUGGGGCAGCUAUGGAGGGAAUGAAGAAUGCUUCAUUGAAACCAAAUGUUGUGCAAUUGUAAUAAAUGAGCUGGAAUGGGCUGAAAUUGGAAUCGGAAACCAUGUUGAGUGAGGCGACUAUCGAGAUCUGGAUGUGUUACGUGAUAUAUGACACGUUGGCUUAUCCAUGUUAGUCCUGGAGGCAGGACAAAAACACAUUUCUCCGGGAUACAGACGAAUGUUUACUUCUAAACAGCAGGUGGACGGAAGUGGUAUUUUCAACUGUCGAAUAUCAUUCAUUAAAACGCUUUACUCUAUAUGGAUAUUUUAUGUAUAUAUAAUGACUUUAAUACAGAUAGGUCCAGUCUGAUGUAUCAUAUACAUCCGACCUCGUCCGGCAGGUUAACGCGAAGUAUUAAAUUCGAUCGGUUUAUGGUCUACACGUCGGCUUUUAUUCUCACCAGAGUGACGAAAAUUGUAAGAUAUUGAAACAUGUAUUAUCUUUCCUCAUUUUGGUUGUGAUUCAGCCGUUUGUUGUCGUAAAUUAUGAAUGAAGUGUGAAAAUUCGA